GGAGAUGGAAGAGCUGUCAGCUGGAGGGUGCAGGCGGGGUCGCUCUGUACUGUAUGGUGUCUGCUAGUGUACUGCUCUGCUGUUUGACUGUCCCGUUUCCCAUUUGUCCACCUCACCCUCCCCAAAAAAUUAUUAUUAUAUAUUCUGAGUGAAAAAGGAAAAAAAAAGAAUGAAAGACAAAAGGAAAAAGAAGGACCGCACUUGGGCUGAGGCGGCCCGCUUGGUUCUGGAAAAACAUCCAAAUACACCAAUGACACCAAAGCAGAUAUUACAAGUCAUUCAGAAAGAGGGAUUGAAAGAAAUGAGAAGUGGAACCUCUCCUCUGGCCUGCCUUAAUGCCAUGCUUCAUACCAAUGCUCGUGUGGAAGAUGGAGCUUUCUGCCGAAUUCCAGGAAAGAUGGGUCUUUAUGCUCUUAAAAAAGAUGAAUUGGUAACGUCAGCAGAGGGGGUCAUUGAUUUGGAUGACGAAUCAGAUUUAGACAGCUGCGAAAUGGCUGAAAUAAAUAGCAAUGAAGAGGAAAAUGGAGUUUGUCCAGAACCAAAACAUGUGCCUGAUGAGAGUUCUCUUCCACAUAAUACAAAUUCAUCAACAACUGUUGCACAAAACAAGCUGAUAUCUUCUACUCAGCAGCACACCAAAAAAGCACUAAAACAGGCAUUGAAGCAGCAACAAAAGAGGAGGAUUGGUGUUACUAUGAUGAUGAACAAGGCCAUUCCUUGUGUUGUACUCACGCCACUAAAAGUAUCAGAAGAACAUUCUGAAUUGCCAUCUGGAUUUGAAUCAAACAAUAUUUGUGAGCUGAACGGUUCUGAUAAAAAAUUAAAAGAAGGGUCAAGAUCCUCACUAAGUCCUACUAAGACAUCAGAUCAACACCUGAAAAGAUUGAAAAGAUCAAGCUCAGGACAGCUCAAACGGACAAGAGGAGAGCAAAUCGACGUUGAGACACCAGGCUCUAUCCUGGUGAACACCAAUCUGCGAGCUUUAAUAAAUAAGCACACGUUUGCCUCUCUACCACAUCAUUUUCAACAACAGCUCCUGAUUUUACUACCAGAAGUAGACAGGCAGAUUGGGUGCGAUGGGGUUUCCCGCCUCAGUGCUUCAGCCCUGAAUAAUGAAUUCUUUGCUUAUGCGGCACAAGGUUGGAAGGAACGACUAGCAGAAGGUGAAUUUACUCCUGAAAUGCAGUUACGUAUUCGACAAGAAAUUGAAAAAGAAAAGAAAGUUGAACAAUGGAAGGAAAAGUUCUUUGAACAAUAUUAUGGAGAAAAGUUGGGAAUAACACAAGAAGAAGGAAUGAAGCUGGAAUCUGUAAAACAUUCUUCAGAAAAUCAAGACAACUCUUCAUUUUCACCACAAAGCAUCUCACCAGAGCCUUGUCAGAGCACAUCUGAUAGUAAAUUUGAUAGCAAAAUAAAUCUUGUGCCUUAUUCAGAUCAAACACAAUGCAUCAUACAGCAAACCCCAGCCAAAGAACUAUCCAGAACUGUAAAGGAAGAGGAUAUGCUUAUAUCCUUGUGCUCAGAUAUUACCUCAGAUGAAUCUGUUAUUCAGGAAGAGAUAGCAGAAGAAGUUGAACCGCAUAUUUCUGAAAGUCAUGAUCAAAACAAACCUCUCCAGUGUAAUGUGUCUGAUAUUGAUCAGUCGCGUUUGCUUACUCCUGACAAAGCAGAACAAGUAGUAUUGACAGACUUGAAGUCUGAUCUAAUUACUCAAUGUAUCAAGGAGUUUGAGUCCCAAUCUGAGCGCGUUGUAGAUUCACAGGCACCUUCCCUGGAGAUAUCUGGCCUUCCUUUCCAACUGCUUAUCUCCACUUCAACACCCUCUCGGUUGUCUGAUUCCUUUGAUGCUUCGAAUAGUGACACAUGUGAGCCAACGACUAAUUCAAGUAAUGAAGAGCAUACCAUCGAAGACAGUUACAAUGAGGAGCUUGAGGCAAUCACCAAUAAUCACAACUCUCCAGGAGGGAAUACACAUUGUACAUCCCAACACUCACUCACCUCGACAUGCUCUGAAGCCUCUAUACUGUCUGAGCCUUCUGAAACUGAGAACACAGACACUGAAACCCAACUCGUGAUGUUACAGGACAGCCCUCAGCCACCACCACAGUUAUCAACACUUUUAGACUCUCCCACAUUAUCUUCUGAGGGAUCUAGAAAAGAUAAUAAAGACCUUGAGUUCCAUAAGAGAAAACCACCAGAGCAGCGUGUUCUAGAGAUCUGUCAUGAGAAAAGACCUAGAAUUGAAAAUGUCCAGACUAUUUCCAUUCCGCCCAGCAGAUCUCAAAGUGAAAUAGAAAUAUCUUCUAAAGAAGAGCCAAAGGUUCCACCAAUCAAGAUUCACUUGUCAAGGAUCAAACUUCCUUUUGUUGUCCAGAGUCAGCCAUCCUACCAGAUUUGGCCAAAGUCGUCUUCCGGUCUGGCGCUGGGUGGGGGAAGGAACACCGGCGCUCGGACCCUUGCAGACAUCAAGGCCCGGGCACAGCAGGCUCGAGCUCAGAGGGAGGCGGCAGCAGCAGCAGCCGCAGCUGGCCCAGUGGGAGAUGGAGGGAUCAGCGUUACAGGAGCAACUGGAGGGCAGACCAGAACACUGGCAGACAUUAAAGCACAAACAAAAGCAAAGUUACUUGCCAAACUUCAGGCUAGAACACAAUUACUACAAUUAGAUGAGCAAAUCUCCUGCAAACAAGGCACGGUCACAGUAGGAGAUGUACAGGAUGCCAAUGUCACAAAGAGUGAAGAGGUUGUUAAAGCAGAUAACAACACUUCAUCAAAGUGUUGUACUGAACCUACUCCAGCACUCAAAGUUGAUGACGAUGUCAGUGUGUCAGAUUAUACCAUCAAUAGUGAUCUUCAUUACUCUCCUGAUAUUGCUGCCAAGACAAACAUUCCUCACAUACCAGCGUCGAGCUGUGUAAAAAAUGCUACAAGGCUAGACUGCACUGAUGAUAUCGCAGGACCAAAUUCAGUGGGCCUUGUUACAGCCAUCUCUACUGACAAUAUUAUUGUAUCCAACUCCAGUGUUGAAGAAAAGCAUCCUCACGCUAUCAAACAGAAUUGUGCAAACGGAGCUUCUGUGCCAAGGUCUGCUGAUGGAAGUGCAAUGCCAAGCUCUGCUGAUGGGGAUGUCAUACCAAGCAGUGCUGCCAGCAGCACAAAGCCAAACUGCACUUAUGAAAUUACUGUACCAGGUUCAAGUGGUUCUAUUAAUAGUAAAGAUUUGCCAUCUUCUGAAGGUGGAGUUUCCAAAACUCAGACUGUACUUAAAACAUCCAUGCAAUGUUUUCCUGACCCUGGUGUCCUGGCAAUGCAUUGCACCAGCGAUGUUUCUUCUGAUAAAAUGUCUUCUCCAAGCAGUGGUGAAGACAUAGUGACUGUAAGCAAUAAUGAAAAUGUAGCCAAUAGCAAUGAAGAUGCCUUUGAGAAUUCCUCUGUUGUUAACCUCAUAUCAUCCAACUCUGUCGCCGAUACAGGCGUUUUGAAUUUCAAUACAGCCAUUAUUUUGAACUCUGCCAGCAGUAACCACAUGUCAACCAGUUUCAACAUUACAACCAAAUCAAAUUCAGCAAAUCAAUCACUAGAUUUAGGAUCUACAAUAAUAAACAAUAUAGAAAUUGGUGCUCCAAGUGCCCAGCUGUCGAGCUCUUUGAAACCUUGUAUUGGUACAGAAGGGACCUCUAAUGCUGAGGUUGGUUCCACAGCAGUCAAUUUACAUAAAACAGCAGGAGCUUACUUGUCAAAUUUAGAUAUGGAUCCACAGACUGAAAUGGUUAAAGCAGAAAAUGCCUUGAACUCUCACAUACAAUCUCAGGAAUUAGUUCGUAAAUGUGCCAAACCUGACAGUGAAAGUCAAUCAGUGUACAGUGGCAGAAACAAUGAUUCUAAAGUGAUAACAGAACAAGAGAAUGAUGGUCUACUACUUCCUGCUAAAGACUCACUAGUAUCUCCACUUCUGUAUGAAACGACAGGCACUUCAGGUCCACGAUUUGAGUUUACUGAUCUUGAAAAUCACUGUUUUGCAGGAAAAACCUCAAAAGAUUUUGAUGAGGUGAUUCAUAAUAACCAGGAGCAAAACAUGUCAAACCAAAGUAAAUCAAGCUACCAUGCUGAUGAAAGUCAAAGUAAUAAUGAACUGGUGAAGUAUAGUGCCAAAUGCCACAGUUUAGAUAAUAACUAUAAUAAGUAUGAUGAAGGCAGAGUGAAAAGUGACAAAUUGGAUAGUUAUACCAAUCCUCAUGAAUCUACAGACAUCAAACAAAUAAAUUUAGAAUCUGUUAACACUUCUGCUGAGUCAGGAGCUGACCAGUCCAGGGAAAAGGAAAACGAUUUGUCCAGCACGAAUGACUCUGAAACUAAUCGGGGGGAGCACCUGGUAAAAAAUGAAGCUAUAGAAAUUGCCUAUCAUCCCAGAAUCAAUCCAUUGGUGGGCAACUUGCAAACAACAAGCUCCAAAACAGCUUUUGGCGCAAGGCAUUCUCAAGAAUUCAGAUUAUCAACUGUGGAAAAUCGAGAAAGGACUCCUGCUCUUGGAAGCACAAAUCGUCAUCUCUCAUCAGUGGAAGCCAAUAACCCUCUUGUGACACAGUUGCUGCAAGGCAACUUGCCUCUGGAGAAAGUGUUGCCUCAGCUACGGUCAGGCACAAGGCUUGAGAUUAAUAGGCUUCCUUUGCCCUCUCGAAGUUGUGGUGAAUCGAAAGGGUCUGCAGCUGAGAGGGAUUUCACUAUUAACAUUCCUCACUCUGUUUCUCAUUCCUCGAAGGGGCAGACUUGGGGAACAGUAUUGGAAAUUCAAUGCAACACUCAUGACACGCCCGUAGGCAAGAGACAGGCUAAGUCACUAGAGGAACAGUCACAAAGUAGAUUAAAGCAAGCAAAACAGUUCACUUCUGUAGGAGUUGAAAUGUGGUCACAAACUCCAGUCAGUAUGGAUCAGGACCAAUCAGGGCAACAACAAACAAUAUUUAAGCAAGAGUGGAUUAAUAAGACUUUCAUUCAGAACAAAGUCAUUAAAAGUCCAGAGUUUAAAGAGCACAAUAGACCAUUGCCUGCAUGUGGUUUUGAGCAGAAUUUGUUAACGACCAGUAACAACAACAGCUUUAUUAUCACAGCCCCUACCUCACAGAAACAGCACACUCAUCAAAAGUCUAUUACUUUGAGAGGAUUAGCUAAAGCAGAAACCUCACUGCAUACGAUUCCACCAGCCACCCUCGACUAUGCCACCACAAAUGCAUUUACAUACAACCGAUCUCUAGAGCGAAGCAGCACAGCAUUUAACACUAUAGCACAAGAAGAUACUUCAGUGAACGCUGAAAUGGAAAGCAGAGACACUGUUUGCUCAAGCAGUCUUAAAAUUAAGCAAACUGAUAUCAGUUGCAGAGCAAUACAAACUGUCCCAAAUAAUGCUGUAAAGCAUCUUACUUCAUUCAGCGAGUGUGAAGCACCAUCUGAUCAAAACAGAGGAAUAGUUACCAUAGAAACCAAUAAAAGACUAAAUUUACAUGCUAAUAAUACUAGUGGUAUUAAAAUAGAGCAGUUCUCUGGUGAUGAUGCCUUUAGCAAAAGCUGUGCACUGGAUGUCAAGGAGAUUUCAAAUGAUCAUUAUGAAACAAAAGAACACAUAAAGAUUUUUGGACCAACAAUGGAUGUCUUUUUUGGUAAAUUAGUAAAUGAAUCUGAUUUUUCUUCUCAUCUGCCAACCGAGUCUCCAAAGCCAGUCUCACACCUUGCCGCUCAGAAACUUGUUCAGCAGCAGCAACUCUAUGGAAAUUAUUCUACCAUACAUUUCAGUGGCACCAAUUUGAAGCAAGCUGCUUCUGUUAUUAAACAGUCCAUUGGAAGUUUUCUGGGAAGUACCGGAAAUGAUGCCAUUGGUUUAUCUAAUCAGAACACUUCCAUUCUGGCUCACAGGUUUUCUAAAAACAAUGCUGCAGAACUGGAAUUGAAAUGCUCUUGUAGACUUAAAGCCAUGAUUAUGUGUAAAGGGUGUGGAGCCUUCUGCCAUGAUGAUUGUAUAGGGCCUUCAAAGUUGUGUGUAGCUUGCUUGGUAGUAAGAUAGAGAAUGUUGCCUCACAUAAAGCAUUAUUUCCAUAAUGCAUAGUAUAGGAAGAUUUUGUUAAUAAUUGAUUCUUCAGAAUAAUCUUGAUGGAUGCAAGAGCUGUACCAUUGCACUACAUCGGAUUACAACAUUUAGUCCAGUAACACCCUGCAACAUGUACCAUAUUCUACUUUUAGAAUUAGACUUAGAUGAUUAUAGUUAAUUGCAUUAAGUCGCUACGUCAUUACAUAUUCCGAGAGUUAGAAGAUAAGAAGGUUGUGCCAGCAAUUCCAUAGGUCAUACUCCUAGUAAAAUCAGGAAGAGAACAGCCCUUUCUUCCCUGCAGCCUGACAGUGGGUUAUAAGGUAUGAGCAAAUCCAUGAGAGCAAGUGAUAAACUUGCUCUCAGUAACAUGGAGAGAUUAGUCCAAAAGUGAGCAGAAUCAGAUAACACAUUAUCUUUUAUUCUAGUUGCAUUUUAUUCUAGUAAAUGCUUACUUUGUAAAGGUGUUCUGCUUUCACUGAGUUAAACGUCAUAUUGAGUUCUUCAAUGCUUUACAAAUAAUUCUUCAAAACAUUUUUUAUCACUUAUCGACAGUAUAUAUCAUUUUUUCUUACUGUUUUUACAAAACUUCUAAACUCUAUAGAGUUUCUUUUUAAGAACUGACCUUAUAUUUUAAUUGUUUAGAAGUGGAAUCAUCUACAGUCAUGUGCCAUAAUACUUCAAUGCACCAACUUGGCAAACGCCAACUGCUGAAACACUCAUGCCAGUUAUGUGUUUUUUACAAUUGAGAAAUUAUAUAAGCUAUGUAAAAGGAAAACACUGUUACAAUUUAGCACUAUUUUAAAGUUUUAUAACAGUAGAUUGUAUAGUCUUGUAAUGAAUCUGCAUCACAUUCUAGGAAGUUACUGCAAUGUGGAGUGAAACACAAAUGUGAAUUUGUUUAAAUAUUUUUUUCUUAUUUAGUUUAGUCAUAACAAUAGAUUUACUUCUCUGGGUCUUAUCAGUGUUUGAAAUUUUUUAACUUUUUAAAAGCACUGAUAUUUCACACAAGCUGCUUCCAGGCCUGUUUUGGCCCCAAACUGUAUCACUGUACUGUAAUUAUUCUGCCAACGUUAGAUAAAACAGGGAAUAAUAAUGUUAAAGUGCAUGUAUGUUACAGCCAAAUGAGUGUAAACGUGGCAUUAAGUUUAUCUGAUUACAUUUCAUUCAAGCAUUACACAUGUAUAAAAAGAAGCUCUUUUAUUAUAUGUUAGGAUAAAAAGCAAGAUAUACACUAUUUCUGAGGAAAAGAGUAGCCUGCUUUCGUUAUCUUUUUACUCAACCAGCAUUUAAUAGCACUUUUUAACAAUAUGCGGUAAACACAAAGAUAGAAUGAAUUGAAUAUGAUUUGUUGAGUUGGACGUGAAUUAAUGCAACAUGGUCAGAUUUUAGACAUUUUGAUUUUCUAUAUAAACAAGUUGAUGUGUUGUUUGAACACAAUGGUGUGAAACAUAAGAUGUCACAGGAAUUCCUAGUCUGAAUUGCGAUGAUUUGUAAUGAACACUAGAAGUUUAGAAUUGAUGUGGAACACAUUACUUAUAAUUUCCAGGACCUGAACAGUGCAAUCCUCAUCUGAUAUGAUAACACUUUAUUUGCAGACUAUUAAGCAGAAGUUAUUUUUUCUAUGCCUUUCCUCCCCUCUUGUCCAGAAUGAAUUAAUUCAUGUGGAUUAAUGCCCCUGUCCCACUUAGGCAAUUAUUUCGGCGACUAGGCUCUCGCUACAUGGUCGCAGGGUGACGCCUGUAUGGUCGUGAGUAGUCUCCUCGCGUCGUGUAAAGAGUUGUAACGU